AUGUCGAAAAUAACUACAGACCAUCUUGAGUCAGUGGAGCAGGGCAAAAGUGUAGACGAAGCACAAUGGCAAGCCCAGUUCGACCCAGAUCUUCUACGUCGGGUAAUCAGGAAAUUAGAUGGGAUGGUGAUUCCAUUCAUCUGCAUCACGUACCUCAUCACUUACAUAGACAAAGCGAUGAUGGGCUACGCCGCUGUUUUUGGACUCAAGGAGGAUUUGCAUCUAAAAGGAACCGAAUAUAGUUGGCUGGGGAGCAUGUUCUAUUUUGGAUAUCUCGCCUUUGAGUACCCUUCUGUCUUCGCUAUGCAGAAACUCUCCGUGUCAAAAUGGCUAUCUGCGAACAUCUUCAUCUGGGGUGGAGUGACUAUGGCUCUGGCGGCGUGCACGCAAUUCCAACCCUUUCUUGGUCUUCGAUUUGUCCUCGGUGCUCUCGAAUCUUGCUCAACACCAGCUUACCUCCUCAUCACAGCAACAUGGUAUACUAUCGAAGAACAGCCGAUCAGGAUUGGAUGGUGGUCGACCUUUCUGGGUAUUGCAAAUGCUUUUGGUGCCAUAUCUUCUGCAUGGGGAGUGUUCAUGUUCUUCACUCUUGCGGAUGGUCCGGCUACAGCUGGCUGGCUUACCGCAGAAGAAAAGCACAUCGCGAUCAAUCGUCUCGGCCCCCAACACUCCGGCAUAAGGGUGUCCGAGAUCAAGAUGUACCAGAUAUGGGAGGCGCUGACAGAUCCCAAAACUUGGUUUUUCUUCCUGUGCGGCGUCUGCACACAAGUCGUCAACGGGGCGGCGAGUAACUUUGGGAGUCUGAUUAUUGAGGGGUUCGGAUACUCGAAUCUAGUCACGACAUUAUUCCAGAUCCCGUAUGGGAUGGUGAUCCUUGUCUCCAAUGUGUCCGCUAUGUACAUUCAGCGAUGGCUGCCGGGCCAGAAGAGGUGUAUCGUUGGUGCUUUGUAUGUGUGUCCGGCUCUGGCGGGAGCGGUCGGGAUCCAUACCAUAUCGAGAGAUCACAAAAUCGCUCUGCUGGUUUGCUACUGGUUAACGAGUACUUAUACAGCAUCAUUCGCCCUGAUCAUGUCCCUCAUCACCGCAAAUACAGGAGGUACCACCAAACGAUCGGUUGUUAAUGCCAUAUUCUUCAUUUCGUACUGUGUCGGAAAUAUUAUCGGGCCGUUUGCAUUCAAGUCAGAUGAAGCGCCCCAAUAUACAUCGGGAAUCAUUGCGAUGUUGGUCGCAUAUUGUGUGGAGAUUCUUCUCUUGCUCGCGUUCGCAGUCUAUGCGGCGCACUUGAAUCGCAAGAAGAACGGAAUUGCAUCAAGAGAAGGCCAGAGAGAUACUGAGCUGGACCAGACAGAUACGGAGAAUGUUCACUUCAGAUAUUCGUACUGA